AUGUCUCCCACCCCUACUAUCCUGAUCGCAGGCGCCACCGGCAACACGGGCCAGAACGCUGUCCGGCGUCUGUCCGAGAAGCUGGACGGCAGUCCCCUGGCCGGGCACAGGAUCCUGGCCCUCACCCGAUCCGCCAAGAACAAGACGGCGCAGGAGCUCUCGCAGCUCCGGCACGUCGAGGUGCUGGAGAAGAACUGGAUCGACGUGUCGGUGGAGUGGCUGCGCGAGCAAGGUGUCACCAGGGCCUUCAUCGCCCCGCACACCGGACCCAGCCAUUUCCCCGACGAGACGGGAUUCCACGUCAGCCUACGGGACGCCGGGGUCAAGUACGUGGUGCGCAUCUCGACGACGGCGCAGAACGUGCGACCUGACGCGCCGGCCGCCUACCCGCGCACGCACUGGGCGAUCGACGCAGUCCUGGAGUCCUCCGGGUUCCAGGCCAAGGGCGAGCUGGCGUGGACGACGCUGCAUCCCAACAUCUUCACGCACAUGGUGGCCGGUCCGGCGGUCCAGUACGUCGCGGCCUACGCGGGCGGGGACCACACGACCCCGCUCCGCCUGGUCAUCGACAGGGAUGCGCCGGUGGCGUACAUCCUGCCGGCAGAGGUGGGCACCGUGGCCGCGCACCUGCUCCUCCAGACGGACUCGGUCCUCAGGUCCGAGCACAACGGGAAGCGCUACGUCCUCAACGGGCCGGAGGACGUGACGGGCCAGCAGGUCGUGGACCUCAUCGAGGCCGCCAUCGGGGCCAAGGUCCCCGGCGUCGUGUACAGGGACGCCUCGCUCAUGGACCCGCUUCUCGUGGAGUACGCGGAGGAACACAGGAACGUGGCGGAAUCGGCCAAGAGGGCGCUCGAGACGUGGUGGGACGGCGCGGCCACGACCGAUUCUACGAGCAAGGAGGUGUUUGGGUUCCCGGAGGAUGUCAUCCCCAAGACGAAGUUUGAGCAGACCUUCAAGGAGUAUCUGGGCCAGUGA